AUGUAUGCCCGAGCAAAUCUUGAGGCACGCCGCAUCUCCUUCUAUCUUUACAAUCCGAGCGAAAAGGGCGUGAAUCUCUUCAAUGCAGAGAAGCCUGCAUUUGCGAUGACAUGGAAUUCAGAAAGAACGGAGUGGCGGCUCGUACAGGAACGAUGCGAGAAUUGCCAGUUCUCUCCAAAGCACCUGACCUGCUCCUGCUACGGGAAGCAGCAGGUUGCUUGGAUUCGACAUCAUCGGAAGCCUGUCGGCGAUGGCAUCUUCAAUUGCAUGGAAAUUCAUGUGCCCGGCCUGUAUGCGGAUGGCAGUCGAGUAGUUUGGUGCCCACUACUUGGCAGAGGAGAUCUUUCGAUCCCAAUCGAUGACAGUUAUGAGGCCCAGAAGCUGAUGACCAAGCAGCCAAGUUGGAACGAGGAGGUUGAAAGCCUGGUGUUGGAUUUCAAGGGCCGGCACAUUUUGUCCUCCGCCAAAAACUUUCAGCUUGCUUUGUCCCAGAAACCAGAUCACGUCCUCUGCCAGUAUGGCAAGAUUGGCCCUCAAACCUUCAGUCUCGACUUCAAGUACCCAUUGAGCGUGAUUCAAGCCUUUGGCACAUCAUUGACAACACUCUUUUGGACAUGA